AUGUCCGUGUCGGGGAAGAAGGAAUUUGACGUGAAACAGAUCCUCAGACUUCGUUGGCGCUGGUUUAGUCAUUCAUCCCAGGGUUCUGCCGGCGGUGGAGGCGGCAGCGUUGGCGGUGUGGGAGGCUACAUCCAACAGGAUGGCCUGGACCACAGAGGAACACCUGUCCAGGGACGGCUGAAGAGUCACUCGCGGGAGCGAGGCGUUGGAGGGCUGCGGAAGACAAACAGCCCGGUGCACAGCAUCCUGGCACCGACGCCGGGGCCCACACCUGUCUGUGUCAGAGCAGGUCAACAGUCAUGGCAUCACCAGCAGAACACCAUCCAAGGUGUCCAGGUCAAUGAGGAUUCUCCUAAAAACUGUUCGUCCCCCAGCAACACGAGAAAGGAUGAGCCAAAGAAUGGUCAAGAUAUGAAGAACAGCAAAGACGAGCCUGUAGAUGUGGAGGCCAGAGAGAGGUUGGUUCUCAGCACAUUUUCCAGAAUGACCACCAAUUCCUCUGACGAGUUUUUCCAGGCCACAAACCACGCAGAACAGACGUUCCGUAAAAUGGAGACCUAUCUCCAGCACAAGCAGCUGUGUGACGUCCUCCUGAUAGUUGGAGAUCACAAGAUACCGGCUCACAGACUGGUCCUGAGUGCUGUGUCAGACUACUUUGCUGCUAUGUUCACCAGCGAUGUGAGGGAGGCGAAGCAGGAGGAGAUCAAGAUGGAGGGAGUGGAUCCGGACGCCCUCAGAUCCCUGGUUCAUUUUGCGUACACUGGUGUCCUUGAACUGAAAGAGGAGACCAUUGAGAGUUUAUUAGCUGCAGCUUGCCUUCUCCAGCUUUCACAAGUCAUCCAGGUCUGCUGUAACUUCCUGAUGAAGCAGCUGCAUCCCUCCAACUGCCUGGGAAUACGCUCCUUUGCUGACGCCCAGGGCUGCGUGGACCUGCUCAAUGUGGCUCACAACUACACCAUGGAACACUUCCUGGAGGUCAUUCAGAAUCAGGAGUUCCUGCUGCUGCCUACGGCCGAGAUUGUUAAGCUGCUCUCCAGCGAUGACAUCAACGUCCCUGAUGAAGAAACCAUCUUCCAGGCUUUGAUGAUGUGGGUGAGAUACGAUGUCCAGCAUCGACAGCAGGACCUCGGGGUGCUUCUCGCUUACAUCCGCUUGCCUCUCCUUCCUCCGCAGCUCCUCGCAGACCUGGAAAACAAUAAGAUGUUCUCAGAUGAUCUGGAAUGCCAGAAGCUGCUGAUGGAGGCCAUGAAGUACCAUCUCCUGCCUGAGCGGCGGCCCAUGUUCCAGAGUCCAAGAACGAAACCAAGGAAGUCUACUGUCGGUGCACUUUAUGCUGUCGGAGGGAUGGACGCUACCAAAGGCUCUACCACCAUAGAGAAGUAUGACCUGCGGACCAACACAUGGGUCCAGGUUGGAGUCAUGAACGGACGCCGUCUGCAGUUCGGUGUGGCCGUGAUCGACAACAAGCUGUAUGUGGUCGGAGGGAGAGACGGACUUAAGACGUCCAACAUGGUCGAGUGCUAUAACCCCAUCAACAAAGUGUGGUCCACCAUGCCUCCUAUGUCAACGCACAGGCACGGACUGGGCAUUGCUGUGCUGGAGGGCCCCAUGUAUGCUGUAGGAGGUCACGACGGUUGGAGCUAUCUGAACACGGUGGAACGCUGGGACCCGCAGGCCAGACAGUGGAACUACGUGGCCAGCAUGUCGACGCCGCGGAGCACCAUGGGAGUCACGGCACUCAACGGAAAGCUGUUUGCAGUCGGCGGCCGGGAUGGCAGCUCGUGUCUGCGGUCGAUGGAGUGCUUCGACCCGCACACCAACAAGUGGAGCAUGUGUGCGCCCAUGGCCAAGCGGCGAGGAGGGGUCGGUGUGGCCACGUACAACAACUUCCUGUAUGCUGUAGGCGGACACGACGCGCCCGCCUCCAACCACUGCUCUAGACUCUCCGAUUGUGUUGAGAGGUAUGACCCGAAGACGGACACGUGGACCACCGUGGCGUCUCUCAGCGUUCCCCGGGACGCGGUGGGAGUCUGCCUGCUGGGCGACAGGCUUUACGCAGUGGGUGGAUACGACGGCCAGUCUUAUCUCAACACUGUCGAGUCCUAUGAUGCACAGAACAACGAGUGGACCGAGGAGGUCCCUCUCAACAUUGGCAGGGCAGGCGCCUGCGUGGUGGUGGUGAAAUUGCCUUGAGCGCUUUGUCUCACGACAGCCUGGAAAACAAAUGAGGGCGCAGCAAAGAAGAGUGGACAAACAAAACAACAGAUCAAGGACACAUCCUUUGAGAGUCAUGUUUUCUUUUUUUUAUUUAUAUAUAUAUGUUUUUUUCCCUUUAACUUAGCUCUCCAGAUUUUUCAGAGGGAAGCAUAGAGAGGGCCGUGCUCAUAACCCAUUGUUUCUAUCAUUAGUGGACACUCGUGCCCACUGGGGAGGACUGGUUGAGAAACUGGAAUGCCUGCACAUUCUCCACAUUCUCAACCGAUCAAGAAUUUUCAUGGACUUGGCCGAGCAGCACCGAGUCUUUGUUGAACUGGUUUCUUACACCACUUUAAUGAGAAGUUCUCUGAAUGUCUGCAAGAAUAAAUGUGAAAGUUGCAUUUUUUUUUUUCUUUUUUAAGUAAACAAGCCUAAACUCCAGGUCAGUUCACAUUUGCAAAGGCAUUUCUUAUCAGUGCCAUCUCAUACAGCGUAUUUUUGGGUUCAUCUGUCCUUUUAUAACUGCUGUUAUGAAACAUUGUUAAAAGAAAAAAAAAAGUGUAGCUAAGUACCGAUAUCAUUUCCUAAUUGGUGGUCUCAGCAGAUUCUUACUAUUUUGUGGAGGAAAGACCACUGUGAACUCUCAUCCAGUAAUGUGUUUGCCAAGCUCGAUUUAUAACAAACGAAUGAAAUAAACUUUUCGCUGAAUAAUCUUGGAAACUUUUGUUUCUUUUGAGCCUGUAGCUGCAGAACACCAAAGUCAUUUGCUUGUGUUAGAUACCUUGUUACACAUGAAAUACAAGUUUACAGAUUUUGUGAAUUUAAGAAAAUAUAUCAUAUUGAUAUUUCACUUUGCUGUACAGAUCUUUGUGAACUUUCUCAACCUGCAUUUGUGUGAAUAGACUCAUGCCUGAACCAGUGGCUUUAUUUCUGGGCAUGCUUGCUGACGGACUGUUUUAUUUGAAUCAUACAAUGUUAUAGCUCAAGAUUACAGCCCCAUUGUGUUUUUUUUUUCCUUUUGAGGAUUUAAUAUCUUCUUAGUCGUGUAGAUAAUUUUCAUUUACGUGGCUCAAGCUUUGGAUUAGCCCUGAAGACACAAUAUGCCUCGAGGCACCAGGCACACCCAAACCAGCUAUUUAGGUCGAUUACAAUGCUCUCACAUGACGUGGAAUCCUAGAAAACCUGACUAGUGCAGCAUUUCACUGAUCCCACCGAUUCACAUUUCUACAUUUGUAGUUUUUCCUCAUAUAUAAAGAAACAUUAUUAACUUGUUGAACCUAACAGCAAUUUGUAUGUGUAAUAACCAUCUUUUGGGGGCCAAAUGUUAAGUUUAAUGUUUUUAUCCUAAUUUUGUACCGCAUGGGAAUCUAUAAAUAAAAUAACUUCACUCU